GUUCUGUUUUUGAGUACGUAGACAACUUGGAGAGUCUCAGUCCGUCCGCGUCCGGAGCGAGCACCGACAAGACCGAACAACCACCGACCGACCGACAACCGAACUAAACCAACAACCGGAGCGGGAGAAGACGCGAGAAGACAAGAUGGUGGCGAAGCAGCGGAUCCGCAUGGCGAACGAGAAGCACAGCAAGAAUAUCACUCAGCGAGGGAACGUGGCCAAGACAACGAGGAACAUGGUGGAGGAUAAAGGGGUGGGGCCUUGGCUGCUCGCUCUGUUCAUCUUCGUUGUGUGUGGAUCAGCCAUCUUCCAGAUCAUCCAGAGCAUCAGGAUGGGCAUGUAGUGAUGUCACCAGCAGGGGCCGGGGCCACGACGUGUUCCUGAGCUGAAGACGACAAAACAUUCCUGAACUCUGACCAAACAAACCCUGAGAACUAGCCCCGCCCCCCCGCCCAGCCCCGCCCCCUGAUGACCAGCGUCUCUACCCGUUAUCUGUGUUGAUUCAAUGUGUCGCCGCCAAUCGACCUUCUCCUCCCUGUCAACAAGCCAUACACGUGCCUUUCUCUGUUUACCUGUGCUGUAGCCCCGCCCCCUCUGAUUACACCUUAUCAGUACCACGGGAGGGGGGGCAUAGUCCAGCCUGCCCCGUUAACUGUACCAGUGUUGUCUCCAGACCAAAUCCCACAUCUGUCCUCCUCCUCCUCGCCCUCGGACACGAUGAAGGUCUUUUGAAUCAGAAGUAGGGCGGAGCCGACAGGUGUGUGUCUGCACCGUGUGCAGCUUCACCUGAAAAAUCAUGUUCACUCAAUAAAGUUUGAUUCUGAAGGUGGA